AUGGCUACGACUUCAGGCAAGUGUUUGAUCCCAUUUGGCCACUACUCGGCCCAACACUACCGCACCCAACACCACACGCCGUGAAAGGCAGGAAAGGGGAAGAAGGCUAACAAGAAGACAAUGCCUCUGUCUAUGUUUGUGGCGGAGGACUCUUCGGCGCCCCAGGGAUACAAUGUGGUCCACACCACCAAACCUAAGCUCGAUUGGGCCGAUAUGGUCGACGACCUCGAGUUGGAUGAUAAAUUCACUCUGAAUUACAAGAAAGAGCCGAACAAAGUAUUGCUGCCGUCGGCGCCCAAAGCCACGCGCGGACCCGACAUCGACAUGACUCGAGUGCCGUCUGACCCGCCAUUCAAAGCCUAUUUAGGAAACCUCCCGUACGACGUGACCGAUCAGGAGAUCACCAGAUAUUUCGGAAAACUCAGUAUAAUAGACGUCCGUUUGCCGCUAUAUAACGGCCGACAGCGAGGCUUUGCUUACGCCGAGUUUGAGAACAGGGAAUCAUUGGUUGACGCGCUCGCGAAGAAUGGAGACAUGUUUCGCAACCGACAGCUGAAAGUGGGUCUUCCAGGAGAUAAUGCCGACGGCAGUAGUGGUGGUCGAGAAGGCAGACCCGAACGGGAGGAACGAACGGACAGGACUGCCGGCGACUGGAGAACCGCUCCUCGAGAAGAGGAG